AUGAAGUAUGCUUAGAUAUCAACAAGGUGUCCAUUUUAUGUCAAUAGUAAUCUAAAAUUGAACCCACAUGAGCCUGAGAUCACAAAGAAUGUGAUUUCUGAAAAAUAAUAAACAUGCUACGGAUCUUCAUUAUAUAAUAUCUAUUAGGGAGGAAAAAUAAAUGGAGCUCUCUCUACUGAUGGAGAGCUCUUCCUAUCUGUAAAUCAAGCCAUUAUAGAAGCAUUUUAAUCUAGAGACUAAAUAUCAGAGAAUCCAAUUGCCUCAGGUGAUCAAGGACUAGAAAGCUACAUAGUCCCUCAUAAAGUAGUAUAUGUGGCUGUAGGAGGUCAGGAUUUGUCUUAUAUUGAUUAAUUCGGCUAGGUAUAUUCAGUCGUAUCAACAGGUUCCGAUGUUCCAAACUCAGAAACAAAAAUUCUAUAACCAAUGAAAAUUAACAUCCCUGAGAGAGCUAAAUUUGUCAGUGUUGGACUCUGGUGUUCAUAUGCAGUAUCAGAAUCUAAUAAAAUCUAUCAUUGGUAAUAAGGCUUUAUUACAAAUGAUGAUAAACCAACCAUUGUUGAUGGAAUAAGUGAAAAUAUUCAAAUAACUGAUAUCAAGAGUAGCAACUUUUCAACAAUAUUUCUCACUUAACAUUAAACUGUCUUUGAAAUCGAUCAUGCCCUUGAUUAUCAAUUGCCAGUCAAGGUAAAAUUGAUAAAAAAAUUAACAAACAUUAAAUCAAUUGCCUCUUCAUUCGCUCACUUAUUAGCUUUAGAAAGACAUGAUAUCUUACCACUCGCACAAUGGGAUUCAAAAUAAGUUGAGAAAUGGUUUAACGAUAUUGGACUAAAUGGAUGUUGCAAUAUUGUGAAGUAUAAAAAUAUUGAUGGCUAAUAGAUUUAAAUUGCAGAUACUGAGUUUCUCAACGACACUCUAGGAAUUAUUUGCUAGUUUGAGUAAUCAAAGUUUAGAUAUGAAAUAUCUAAAAUUAAAGAAGGAAAAGUCGGAGAACAUACUCUGUAUGGUUGGGGUUCCAAUUAACUCGGAUAGCUUGGCUUGUUAGGUUCUAAUUAUCCAGGUCCAUAAUAAAUUCCACUACCUGAUUUCUAAGAUCCAAACGACUUCAUUGAGAAAAUAAAGUGUGGUAAAAGAAACAGUGCAAUAAUCACUAAUAAAGGAGAGGUCUGGAUUACAGGAAACUUUAAAAUUGAAAAAGUUCAAAGAAAUUCGUUCCUUAAUUAAAAAGAAUAGCAAGCUCAGGAGAGUAAAAAGUUGAAAAAUGGUGCUAAAAUAGAAGAUUUCAUGACUCAAGAGGAAAUAAAUGAGAGUAAAAGAGGUAAACAAAAACAGAAAGCUGGCAAAAUUAGAUACGCAACCGAAGAAAAGUUGGAAGAAUACUGGGAGGCUUGUAAAAUUGAAUCAGAGAGAAAGAAAAAGCAUAAAAACCACCAAAACACUCAUAUUUAAGGAUUGAAAGAUUUUAGAGAGGAAUAUAAAAAAGAAAUUGACAAAGAAAAAGCUUUGAAGCAUAGAUGGUUAGACUUUACUCAUUCAUUCAAUAUGACUGCUUUUGGAAAGAAUUAUUAAGUAGAGAAUCUUUCAAUGGGCAAUAGAUUCUUUAUAGCAAUUUGCACAUAUAGAUUCAACAAGACUGUUAAGAUUACAAAUAAUCACAAAGAUGGCAUGAAAUUUAAGGGGGCCGAUAAAGUUAUUAAAAGAGUAGAAUAUCUGAUGAAACAAAAUAAAGACAAAAAAUAUACUAUUUGCUAUGAGGACAGAUUUUUGGGGCUGAUCGAAAGUGAACUAGAAAAGUUCAUCUAGAAGAGUGAAGUGCCGUAUCAUAGAAUUUAGCUAUUUAAAUGCGAUGAUGAAGUGAUUUGGGAUAGAAAAAAGAAGUUUACUAUGCUUUGA